AUGCAGUUGGCAGAGAUAGACAGAGUCGGGUUGCCAUUGCUGAUGGAGCCCAGAGAACUUUACCUUGCUAGAUCUCUCUUUCCUAAUGAGAAAUGGAUCCUUCUGGGUGAUUUCAAUACCCCUCUUUCUAAUCUAGAAAAAUCUGGUGGGUUGCCAAUUUCUAUUGAAAGUAGACAAGACUUGGCUAACAUGAUCAACUCAUUGAGCCUUUUAGAUCUUGAUCUUAUUGGGGCUAAAUUCACCUGGUCCAAUAGACAUAGUGGGGAGGAUCUUAUUCAGGUCAAGCUUGAUAGGGGUCUUAUUUCUCCAGAUUGGCUUAGGUUGGCUUCCUGCAGACUCAAUGCUUCAUCCCGUGUUGGAUCAUAUCACUUCCCCAUCUGCCUCUCAGUCUCUCCAUUGUCUGGCAGAAAGGCGUACCCCUUUAGAUUUGAGAAAAUGUGGCUCAUGGCCCUAGAAAUCCAAGAUAAAUUUUUGGAGUGGUGGAAUAUUGAUAUCCAGGGAAUGACUAUGUUUCGUAUAGAUAAGAAGCUUUCCAAUGUUAAGUCUAAUAUCCAACGUUGGAAUAAAUCCACUUUUGGCAACAUCUUCAAAGCUAAAGAGAAGCUCAAACUGGAACUUGCAGAAUUUCAAGAGCAUAUCCAAGCUUACGAGAUUGAUAUUGACGUCUCGAAUAAAGAAAUUGAUAUUUUGACCAAAUUACAUGAUAUUAUCUCCAAAGAAGAAGACUUUUGGAAGUAG